GAGUGCUGCACAAAAGACUUGUAUCUAGAAAACAUCCUUUAGGGGCUGGAGAGAUGGCUCAGAGGUUAAGAGUACUGACUGCUCUUCCAGAGGUCCUGAGUUCAAUUAUAGACUCACAACCACCUAUAACGAAAUCUGGUGUCCUCUUCUGGCCUGCAGACAGAUGUGGAGCCCUCAGCAGAUACCAAGAUCCUCAAGGCCCGGACCUCUCCAUCAGUGUCAGCUUCUUGGAUGCCCACUUUCCCUAGCUCCCUUCCUCCUCCCUCCUUUCCCCCUCCCAUUAAGAACAUCAUAUUUCCUUAGGUGAACCUGCAAAAUGGCAAACCAACAAACAGCACUACUGUCACUGCGGCUGGCACCUGUUACUCAGUGCCCGUGAGUGAUGGGCCUGGAUAGUGUUUCGUUGUUUGACAAUCUCAGGCCAUUCUAAAGAACAGACAUUGCAUCAGGGCCCACAGGUCUCUUCUUUCUGUCUCUUAAUUGCUUUAUGAUGAGUAUAGCUCAUGUAAUACAUAAGUGUACAAAUAUUAAAACACCGUUUUAAAUACUGUAUGACUAUAGAGGAAAUACAAAGUGACAUGUACAAUAUUUUAAUAUGUAGAUUACACAUCGCCUCUUUUUUCUUACCAUUUAUCUUCAUCAUGUCUUCAAGACUUGUCCAAGCUUCCUUUUUAAUGUCAUCCAUAUCAUUUUAAUUGCCCUUGCUUUCUCCUCCCUGGGAGCCUGCUGUCCUGCUCCAGGUUGAACUAACUGCUCCUUAGCCCUUUGCACAGCUGCCAUUGUGGGGCUUCUUUUUGGCUCCCUGCUGCUAGAGUCUUCUUAGUCAUGCAUAGUAAGGUUUACUUCCAUGUAGUUUGAGAGAUGAAAGCUGUCAUGUUGGCCACCAUGUAGCCACGGGGAGAAGCGCUUGUCUGCCACAGGUCCCGUGUGUGCCUUCAGAGUCUGCCUGUGUCUCUGUCCUUACCCAAGCCUUUUAUCUUUUUAGACUGUCUUCAUGACUGAGAUCAUGUGACACUGCUGUACGUUCCUUUCCUUAGUGUAAGGCGGGGGGUGUGUUCCUUUUCUGGCUGAGUGGUUUGGGGUUCGUGGUUAGGCUAGGAUUGUUUCCUCCCCACCAGCUGGUGGACUAGGCAAGUGGAGAAUGGAGGUGCCGUCGUGUGUAGUGUGAAGUAGACGGCGGGCCUCAAUGGGGAAACACCUACCUCUGGGUUCUCUGGAGUCCACCGGCCUUCUUAAAUGGCUGUGUGGGUUGAAGCACACAGCUGAUCUUGUGUCUCCUGUUGACAAGUAAGUCUGUUAUCAGUUUGUGUCUUACCUGCUUUCCACACAUUCUCUUAGGCAAAGGUUCUCAAAAAUCAAAAAUGACUAAUUUUUAUAGAAAAUAGAAUGUUUUCUUACUAUUGAAUUGUAACAAUUCUUUGUAUAUUGCAUAUGUCUUAUAAAAAUCUAACCAAAUAAAAAUAUUACAAUCUUUUAGUCCCUUGUAUUUUCUUUUCUUGGGGUAUAGCAGUGUUUUCGUGUUUGGACUCUUCUCCUGCUCUGUGUUUAGGUUUGUGUCACCUGUCUUUUGCGUCAUUGUUCUGCUUUUAUUCUGAGUCUGGUGGCUUGUAGUUAUGUCUGAUCUUUUCCUUUUGUGUGGUCAUGGCCCUAUACCCACCCUGCAGGAAGACAGUCGGGUUGAUUGGCUUGCAGGGUGCAGAACCCCAAAUGCCUGCAGGUGUGGAGAUUUACUCUUGGAUGCUAGAGGGAAACCUGAACUUCUCCACCCUGUUUUCUCCUGGUGGGUAUGCUGUCUGAGCUCCUGUCCCCUGCCCAACUUCUUCUUGUUGGUAACAUAACCAAGGGCCUCUCUGAGCUCAGCCUCCCACAUCCCGACCCUAGGCAGCAGACUUCACUGCCCAUAGCCCCCCCCAGCCUCUCCUGGCAUGGCCUACCUAGGGGCUAUGCUUUAGGUAAAAACCGCACUGACUUCCAGGGACACCACAAAGUCACUCAUUGAUUCGUGGAGCCCUUCCAACCCCAUUCUCAUCUUUUCCUUCUAGGCUUUUCUUUCUGGGCUACAUCAGGCAUUGCAGGAGCAAUGUGUCACUCCCACAUGUUGCCUGGAUUCAGGGUAGCAGUAUCUGUCGGUGGUUUGGGACUUUGAGAGUUUGUCAUGAGGACAGGUGAUGGGCAGAAACCCAGUUUCAGUCACAUACUAAGCCCAUUGCUUUCUCACCCUUGACUACAACCAGUGUCACUGAGUGUGACAGCAGCAAGAGUCUCACUUGCGUGGGCAGUCACACACGCAAAACCACUCCUGCUGUGUUCAGGGCCAUUGGCAUCUUCUGGAGCUGAGAAGAGUGUGGUUCUAGAUGUGCCCUCUCAGUAGAUGGGGCUCUUUGAAAGUGCUCCCUGCUAGCUGCAACCGUAGGUAAGUGGCAGUCUCUCUGAGCCUUGUCACCAUGUAGAUUCAAUAGGCCCUUUUGUACACAGUAAGCCCUACUGUUUGCCCUGAAUCUCGGCUUCCAGGAAAGCUGUUAGCUCAUGACUGCAAUCCCUUUUAUCGUUCAUAUCCACCUUUGCAGCCAGAGGCCACUUGUCCUUUUCUGGCUCCGUAGAUCCCCGCAUCAGCUCUGAUACCUGCUGAGUUCCUUAGAAGUCCUUGCCUAGGCACCGCCAUGGGAUGUUAUGUCCUGUCACCCAGCUGUCUUCUUAACUGACACCUUGUCAUGAGUAGAUUUUGUUGGAAAAGGGUGAGCAUGUUUGUGUCUUUCCAUAUCAGAAUUUAUUGAGCAACAAGAAAAUAAUAGGUGACAUCAAUUUCACUGUCUUUAAUCCACUAAAAACUACUGAGUUACUUGGCAGACUUGGUCACUGGAAGGUACAGAUUCUUCUCUUCCAGUCUUAAUUACUAACUCUGGUCACACAUUUGUCUUCAGAGAGAGAGAGAGAGAGACAGACAGACAGACAGACAGACAGACAGACAGACAGAGACAGAGACACAGAGAAACAGAGACAGACACAUAGACACACAUGGAGAGACAGAUACACAGAGGCGGGGCAGAUGGGGAGUGGGGGACCACACAAGUGUCAGAGAGGCCUCACUGAAAGCAGAAGUGGGAGCAGCCGCAGAUACAAAGGGUUACUGCAGGUGCUUAGGUAAGAGAGUGUAAUCCAGUCUCAGCCUGGAGGGGCAGGGCUGCACCAGGCAGGGUGCCAUGUCAAGUGGCAGCCCUGGGGACGGAGCUGAUCAUGUGAUGCAGGCACCUGAAGGGAUGGUGACGGUGAUGGGGGUGUGCUGUGACCAUGGGAGGGCAGGGUUAUUCUGGGUUGCAGUUCAGAAGACUGCCAUGAGUUAUGAUGGGAAGACAAGGUAGUGGGAGUGGCCUGGUCAUUGUCAUCAACCAAUCAGGAAGCUGGGCAGUAAUACUCAGCUGGCUUUCUCCCUCUUCCCUUCUGUUUAUUCUGGGCCUUUAGCCCAUGGGAAGGUGUUCCACCCACAGUCAGUGCCGGCUUCCUUAUCUCAGUUAAACCUCUAGAAACACCCCCUCCAGACAUUCCCCUGGGAUGUGUUGUCUAAGACAGUUAAGUUCCAGUAAAGAUGAACCCUUACACCCAGAGUUAGGUGUCCCUUUUAGAUGACUCAGGACAAGGGAUUGUGCCAUUUUUUAGUCUGGUAUGUUUGAUUUUUUUUGAUGGUUUUGAUCUGCCCAUGUAUUCCUGACUUAAUUUGAUUCAUUAGCAGGUAGUAAUAUUUUAUGUAAAUAACUUUGUACCCAUGGUUGGUGCUAGAUAGUGGUUUGUUUCUUGUGCAAACCUGUUUUGAGGUCACACUGCCUUGGCAUUUGAACUCAAAAUGAACUCAAAAUGGAGAAAACUUCUGACUUAUAAAAUAAAGUUAUCAGGGUCUGGGAAGGGGCUGUCUGUGGGCGCCAUGUCGGGCCUCGAAGGUGGCAAAAAGAAGCCCCUGAAACAGCCCAAGAAGCAGGCCAAGGAGAUGGACGAGGAAGAUAAGGCUUUCAAGCAGAAACAAAAGGAGGAGCAGAAGAAACUGGAGGAGCUGAAAGCCAAGGCCGCGGGGAAGGGGCCCCUGGGCACAGCUGGAAUUAAGAAAUCUGGCAAAAAGUAAGCUGUUCCUCAUACCUGAGAUGAUGGUGACCCUCUUCCCUUCCUAUUUAAACAUCUGGAUUCCCUGCAUAAUAACGUCUUUGCCACCUACAGCUAGAAUGAAGUGUCAUCCUGGAGCCUGUUAAACAUCUGGAUUCCCUACUAUAACAUCUUUGCCACCUACAGCUAGAAUGAAGUGUUAUCUUGGAGCUUGUUGUACAUUGUAAUAAAUAAACUUUUGUAAAAAAAAAUGAA